AUGGUCUUCUUCGCACAAAUCAACAGACAAAAGUUCAAGGCAACCCUCCUGCGGUAUCUGGUGAAGCCAAUCUACGAAUCCCUUCGACUCACCUCCUCAAAAAAUGACAGCUCUCAUUUGAACAGUAUACUAUUGGUUAUUGAUGCCGUCUGUACCUCAACAGAAGCCGCAUUUGCGGACGACUCUUGUAAAUCGCUCUCGCCCAUUUCUCCCGAGAUCCUUAUUAACCACCCCUUCGCAUCUCAGAGCGUGUCAAACCCUUCCGACUCGACUGCUUCGAAAGGUCUAACGAGGGUAUCAGCUGUGAGGCACCCGCAUCCUCAUAGCUCCAGCUCAACAUCCGUUUCUCUUGCAAGCCAGGCUGUGGCUUCCCUUCAACGAAUAAGUGAAACUCCUCUUAGGAGUGCUUCUUCCAGAAUUGAUGACGGUAAUAUAUGCUAUGGUACCUCUAGCUUGAGCCAUGCUACAAGUGGCGUUGGCGUUGCCAGGCCAUUGGCAGGCGUUGAUAUACCUGCCAAUCGAAAUCUUUGUAAACUUCAAAGCUUUCCUGAGCCAUGUCAACUACGAAACCAGCCUUUGGAACACCUCUUUCGCUCCGCAUCUGCAAUGUCUUAUCUAGUCGCCGCAAGUCCAAAGCCGAAAUUUAAUCUUAUGGAUAAUUCGUUUCCUAUAAUGCCAACUCGUCGAGCAUGUUCCUCAUGUCAGGGCUCUCUAACGAAUUCAAAGGAUCUGGAAGAUGGGGUUGAUGGCGGUGGCGUUAGCUUAUUCACAGACCCAAGCGCAAAGAGGCACCCCGAAGAAGCUGAAAUUUCAACAAGAACACCACAAUCACCGUCACUUCGUCAGGUAAAUGACUCGGUAAAAAUAAGAUACCUAAAUUGA